AUUUUAAACUAAAAUUAAAAAGUCUGUCUCUGUCUCUCCCAGUGAAACCAGCUCCUCUGGACAUCACUCCAGUGCAGCAGGACUGGCAGGAGGUCCCGCCUCCUGUGCGCUCGCCCGUCACUCGAACCUUCACACGAGGUCCGUCCAGUCGUCGGUCAGUCAGGCCGUCCUCUGCUCACAGCUCGUCCCCCUCCUCUGACUCUGAUGACACUGACGACAGCUACGUCGCCAUGACAACGACCUGCGGCCUCAGCUUCAGCGCCGGGGAGCCCUCUCUGAGGCUCAUGCUGCACCGGGCCUCAGAGGGCGGAGUCAGCAGCCCGUUGCUACGGCGAGCCAGAGGCGACAAACAGGUGGAGUACCUGGACCUGGACCUCCACACGGGGCGAUCGACACUGACGAGACAGAAACGCUGCACUGCAGAAGGCGGCGGCAGCGAGCAGGUCGCCGGCGGCGAGGAGCGAACGCGUGGCGAGCGCACGCGCGUGGACUACGUGGUGGUGGACCCCAAGAGGACCAAGGCCCUGAGGAACACCAGAGAAGCAUGGCAUGAUGGGAGGAUGUCCACGGAGAAGGAGAAAAGCUGAAGACGCACAAAGACGCGCAGACGUACUGUUUGACACCAGCAAACCGAGUUACUCGCUACUUUGAUUUUAACCCUUUGAAACCUGCAGCGACAUCACUUUUCUUCAGCUGACGCCUUUAAAAAGUAAUUAAAACUUUGA